UCUACUUCUACUCUAUUUCUAGAUCCUGGAAGUCCAUUUGUGCUUCCAUUCCAUACCUCAAAAACCCUAGCCUAAAACCCCAUUUCUCGAUUACCAUUUUCGGCGAGAGACAAAUUCGUGACAAUGGCGUUUAGGUCAAGAGAGAUGAUGAAGAAACUUGUGAAGAAAAUCGGAGGCGACCAGAAUCUAGCGCCGGGAGUGAAAGAUCAGCUGAAAAAAUGGGUGCCGGAUCGCAAAAUCGUGAUGGGCCGAGCCAACCGCGGGCUUUUCGCCGGCCGCCAUAUCCAAUUCGGCAAUCGCGUCAGUGAAGACGGAGGCAACAAGACAAAGAGGUGCUGGAAACCCAAUGUGCAGGAGAAGCGGCUCUUUAGCUACAUUCUAGACCGUCAAAUUCGUGUCAAGGUGACUACACAUGCGCUGCGCUGCAUAGACAAGGCAGGGGGAAUCGAUGAGUACUUGCUCAAGACACCUCACCACAAGAUGGACACAGAAAUGGGUCUUUUCUGGAAAGUUAAGAUUGAGAAGAUGUAUCAAGACCUUGGAGGUAAGCAGGUUGUCUUCUUUGCACCUGAGGAUGAGGCCAGCUUUGAAGAAAAAUUCAACGAACUAAGAUUAGAACAGAAGGCUGGACGUAGGGACGCCAGGAGAAAGAUGUAUGGUUCAUCCGCCAAGCAAGAGCCAACCAAGGAUGAAACAGACGUGGGCGAAGCCAGUCAACUAACAACAUCAAGAAAUGAAGACGGGAGCUCUCACACUGACUUCCAUGAACCAUUGGUCGCGAAUGCUUAGUGUUGUGUCUCCUAUCACGGGGCAGUCUUUUCCUUGUCUUUUGGCAUUUCCACCGGAGAUGCCCUCUGUAUCUUGUAAUCUUGGCAAGAAUAACAGUUUUGUUGGCUUAGGUGGUCCGUUAUUAUAAUCACUAUAUAAGUGCUCUACUUUUUGGGAUGUAUGUUAAAAUUCUGCAGCCAUUUAGUUGACGACUGGCUAGCAGUAGAUUUUCGGGUAUUUUUCAGUAACAGGCAGGUCUCUGUGUUUUUAACA